AGCUGUCAGGUAACACGUCUUAAGGACGCAUGUCAACUUCCUUUAAUGUUCUCAGCUACUUGUCGAACAUGAAAGGAGGCGAGGAGGAGGUCCGGGGGUUCCGUGAUGCAUGGGGGCUGGGGGCGCGUCUGAGGGUAUAUAAGACACCCCUGGAUUGAGAUGUGGGGCCCGCUUGUUGUUAUUGCUCUCGGGGACCGACAUGCGCUCGUUGCGAGCCUCCCCGCUGCUGCCGGUCCUCCUCCUCCUCCUCCAGCGGACACGGGGAGUCCACCUGCAGCUCGCCCGCGAUGGAGCUCGGCUGCACGGCAUGCGGGAGCGCGGAGGAGCCGCCGCGGGAGCCGCAGGAAGCGGCCACCACCUGCUGCCCACCUACAUGGUGCACCUCUACCGCAACUUCAAGGCCAACGCGUCGGACUCGGCGGAGAGGCGAGCGGACACAGUGAGGAGUUUGAUGGCCAAAGGUUUGUCUUAUGGACUCGGGCGCUGGGCGGCCACGUUCGACCUGCACGCCCUGCUGCCCGACAAGCGGAUCCAGGCGGCCGAGUUGAGAUUGCGGCUCCCCCCGGGCGCCCCCGAGGCGCGGGUGGCCGUGUACCACCGGCACGGCCCCGGGUGCCACCCGGCGUCGGACGUCUGCCGCGAGGAGCCGCAGCGGGUGGGCCUGCUGGGCCCCUCCUCCCUGGUGUCGUCCUCCCGCAGCUGGAGGGUCUUCAACGUGACGGGCCCGCUCCUCGCCUGGCUGCGCGAGAAAUCCUCGCUCGGGGUCCGACGCCGACGGCUCACCCGGAGGAGGACGGGCGAGGCGCCGCUCCCCGGAUCGGGCUCGGCGGCCGACCGAGCCCUGCUGGUGGUCUUCUCGCGCACGGGCUCCGACCGGAGCCCCGAAGCCGAGGCCGGCUUGCUCCACACGGCCGAGCGCUCCAAGUUCUUGAGCCCGGCCGAGAGCGGGCGGCCGGCGCGGCGGGCCCCCGACGGGCGCAGGAGCAAGCGGGGUCAGAGGGAGCGGCCGAGCGGGGCCGACGACUCGCCGUGCCGCAGAGUGGACCUGCACGUGGAUUUUCACCGGAUCGGCUGGGGGUCCUGGAUCGUCUUCCCCAAACGGUACAACGCGUACCGCUGCCGAGGAUCCUGCCCGGGACCCUUGAGCGCAGACCUCAACCCCACCAAUCACGCCUACGUGCAGAGUUUACUCAAACAUUACCACCCCGACCGAGCGGCCUCGCCGUGCUGCGCCCCCACCAGGAUGAGCCCGCUGAGCAUGCUCUACUACGAGAACGGCGAGAUGCUCCUGCGCCAUCACGAGGACAUGAUGGUGGACGAGUGCGGCUGCCAGUGAAGCGGACUUCAAAAAAACAAAAACAACACUUAGAACUGGAAAAGGGGGGAGCUCUUUUGUUGCCAUGCACUGUAUGAUCAUAUGUAAACUAAUGUAUAUUUAUUGUGAAUAUUAAAAACAGUCGUAUUUAUGUACA